GUCGUAGUUCUCCGGGGCGCGGUGGGGCGUGCGCGUGUCCCCGCCGCGACGGUGCGCGGCGCCCGCGUUCUCCCCGUGUCCCCGUGCCCCACAAGGCGCAUGCGCGGAGCUGCGUCCCGGCCGCCCCGCUCGUCCCUCCCGUGGGUGGCCGGUGGCGCGCGCCCGCCGCCGCCGCCAUGUCCGCCGAGCAGGUGAGCGGCCUCUGCGAGCAGCUGGUGAAGGCGGUGACCGUCAUCAUGGACCCGGCGUCCACGCAGCGGUACCGCCUGGAGGCCCUCAAGUUCUGCGAGGAGUUCAAGGAAAAGUGCCCCAUCUGCGUGCCCUGCGGGCUGAAGCUGGCGGAGAAGACGCAGACGGCCAUCGUCCGUCACUUCGGCCUGCAGAUCCUGGAGCAUGUGGUCAAAUACCGCUGGAACAAUAUGCCUCGCCUAGAAAAAGUUUAUCUAAAGAACAAUGUUAUGGGCCUCAUAUCCAGUGGAACUCAAAGUAUCCUGGAGGAGGAGAGUCACAUUAAGGAUGUGCUAUCUCGCAUUGUGGUGGAGAUGAUCAAGCGGGAAUGGCCUCAGCACUGGCCUGACAUGCUUAAGGAGCUGGAUACCCUCUCCAAGCAAGGGGAAACUCAGACAGAACUGGUGAUGUUCAUCCUCCUACGUUUGGCAGAGGAUGUGGUGACUUUUCAAACUCUACCCACCCAGCGGCGACGAGAUAUCCAGCAAACCCUCACCCAGAACAUGGAAAAGAUCUUCAGCUUCCUACUAAAUGCCUUGCAGCAGAAUGUCAACAAGUACAGACUCAUGGUUGGAGCACCCCAGGAACAAGAAGUCCUCACUACUCCACAGAAGACUGAUUUGGCUCAGGAACCAAAGGCCCAGGCAAACUGUCGUGUGGGGAUAGCGGCACUCAAUACUUUGGCUGGCUACAUUGACUGGGUAGCCCUAAGCCAUAUUACGGCAGACAACUGCAAGCUCUUGGAGAUGUUGUGUCUGCUCCUAAAUGAGCCUGAACUCCAAGUUGGAGCAGCAGAGUGUCUCCUGAUUGCUGUCAGCAGGAAAGGUAAGCUGGAGGAUCGGAAGCCUCUGAUGGUCUUGUUUGGAGAUGUUGCCAUGCACUGCAUCCUCUCUGCUGCCCAGACAGCAGAUGGAGAAGGCCUGGUGGAGAAGCACUAUGUUUUCUUGAAGAGACUUUGCCAAGUUUUGUGUGCAUUGGGCAGCCAGCUAUGUGCGUUGCUAGGCUCAGAUUGUGAUGUGGAAACGCCAGCCAACUUUGGAAAAUACCUUGAGUCAUUUUUAGCCUUCACAACCCAUCCCAGCCAGUUUCUGCGGUCUUCCACCCAGAUCACAUGGGGAGCUCUUUUUCGGCAUGAAGUUCUGUCUCACGACCCUUUGUUGCUGGCUGUUGUUCCCAAGUAUCUCCGUGCAUCAAUGACCAACCUGGUGAAGGUGGGCUUUCCUUCCAAAGCAGACAGCCCCAGCUGUGAAUACUCCCGUUUUGAUUUUGACAGUGAUGAGGACUUCAAUGCCUUCUUCAACUCUUUCCGAGCCCAGCAAGGAGAGGUGAUGAGGAUGGCUUGUCGUCUGGACCCUCUAACUGGCUUCCAAAUGGCUGGUGAAUGGCUGAAGUACCAACUCACAGCUCCUGUUGAUCCUGGACCCAUGAACUCUAAGACAGGCGAAGGUCUCUGCUCCAUCUUCUCUCCAUCCUUUGUGCAGUGGGAUGCCAUGACCUUCUUCUCAGAGAGCGUCAUCAGCCAGAUGUUUCGAACCAUGGAUAAAGAUGAAAUCCCAGUGAAUGAUGGCAUAGAUCUGCUGCAGCUUGUCCUUAAUUUUGAAACAAAAGAUCCUCUCAUCCUGUCCUGUGUGCUCACCAACGUCUCUGCUCUCUUUCCAUUUGUCACUUACCGACCAGAAUACCUCCCGCAAGUACUUUCCAAGCUGUUUGCUUCAGUUACCUUUGAAGUUGUAGAAGAAAGUAAGUUUGUUGUGUCUGUCCAGGCUCCUAGAACUCGAGCAGUGAAGAAUGUGAGAAGGCAUGCAUGCUCCUCAAUCAUAAAGAUGUGCCGGGAUUACCCUCAGCUUGUCCUGCCAAACUUUGAGAUGUUGUACAACCACGUGAAACAGCUGCUGUCAAAUGAGCUACUUCUGACGCAGAUGGAGAAGUGUGCUCUUAUGGAGGCCCUUGUCCUCAUCAGCAACCAGUUUAAGGACUAUGAGCGACAGAAAGCUUUCCUGGAGGAGCUCAUGGCUCCUGUGGCCGGCUUAUGGCUCUCCCCAGAGAUGCAGAGAGUCCUCUCAGAUCCUGAAGCCUUUAUAUCCUACGUGGGUGCAGACAAUAAAAUUGCUGAUCCAGUCUUGGAAGAUCCUAGUGGCCUGAACCGGUCUAGAAUAAGCUUUUGUGUGUACACCAUUCUGGGAGUUGUGAAACGAGCUCGUUGGCCUGCUGCUACUGAAGAGGCAAAAGCUGGAGGAUUCUUUUUGGGGUACCUGCCCAGUGGAACUCCAAUGUACCGUAAUCCCUGCACUGAGCAGGUCCUGAAGCUUUUUGACAAUUUACUUGCUCUCAUAAGAACUCACAACAACCUCUACAUGCCAGAGAUGGUGGCUAGGCUGGGGGAUACAUUUGCAAAGGCCUUGGACAUGCUGGAGGUGGAGAAGAAUGCCAUUCUAGGUCUCCCUCAGCCUUUGUUGGAGCUUUAUGACUCUCCUGUUUACAAAACAGUCUUAGAAAGGAUGCAGGGCUUCUUCUGUACCCUCUAUGACAACUGUUUUCACAUCCUGGGAAAUGCAGGCCCCUCCAUGCAACAGGAUUUCUACACUGUUGAGGGUCUCGCCACCCAGCUCCUCAGCUCUGCUUUCAACAACCUCAACAACAUUCCUGAUUACAGACUGCGUCCCAUGCUCCGUGUGUUUGUGAAGCCCUUGGUACUUUCCUGUCCCUCAGAAUACUAUGAAACCCUUGUCUGCCCCAUGCUGGGACCACUCUUUACCUAUCUGCACUUGAGGUUGUCCCAGAAAUGGCAGGUGAUCAACCAGCGAAGCAUGCUCUGUGAGGAUGAUGCUGCAGAUGACAACCCCGAGUCUCAGGAGAUGCUUGAGGAACAGCUGGUCAGGCUGCUAACUCGAGAAGUCAUGGAUCUCGCCACUGUUUGCUGUGUUUCUAAGAAAGGUGUUGAACAGAACACUACUGCUGCUGUAGAUGGAGAUGAUGAUGAGGCGAUGGCCACGGAGGUGACUCCCCCUGCCAACGCAGAGCUCACCGAGCUUGGCAAGUGUCUGAUGAAGCAAGAGGAUGUUUGCACUGCAGUGCUGAUCACUGCCUACACGUCCCUGUCCUGGAAGGACACCUUGUCCUGCCAAAGAACCACAACACAGCUUUGCUGGCCACUGCUCAAACAGGUGCUUCCAGGAAACCUCCUUCCCGAUGCCGUGUCCUGGUUUUUCACAAGUGUGCUGAAGGGCUUACAGGUACAUGGGCAACACGAUGGCUGCAUGGCAGCUCUUGUCCACCUGGCUUUCCAGAUCUACGAGGCCUUGCGCCCUCGCUAUGGUGAGCUGAAGGCAGUGAUGGAGCAGAUCCCAGACAUCCAGCUGGACUCUUUGGAGCAGUUUGAUUCAAAGCUUCUCAACCCAACACUGCAGAAGGUGGCCGACAAGCGCCGGAAGGAUCACUUCAAGCGCCUCAUCUCAGGUUGCAUUGGGAAGCCCAUCGGGGAGCAGUUCCGCAAGGAGGUUCAUAUCCGGAACCUUCCAUCUCUCUUCAAAAAGGUGAAGCCAUCACUGGAGACAGAUGUGCUAGAAAACGAGGAUGGAGAGGGCUUCAAUGUACUCUUCGAGCCCUGAGCCUGGGAUGCUGCAGCCAUCUCCUCCCUUACCUUAAAAUUUGUCUCUCCUCAUAGUAAGCACAUUAGAUUCUCCUUGUCACCGCCUCCACAAGCAUUCGUCUGAAUAAAGCCCCUUACGGGUCCUGUCCCCUUCUCUUCCAUACACUGGGAUGGGGCCUGCGGUGGCAUUUGAACCAGUCAAUAUUAAGCUCUUCCCCUGACUCUUUCCCCUCCAUUGGAUGAGCAUCUUUAGACCUCUGCUUCUCUGCAAGGUGGGAGCUGAGUCCAUAGACCUCUUUAGGGUAAAGCCUGAUCAUCUUGUAGCCUCGGGUCACUCUUGCUCCACCUCUUCAUCCCUUGGGGUUUAGGAUUAAUGCAAAUGGCAGAGUAGUGUGCCAUGUGAAAAGGGGCUACCCUAAUCUUCCUCUGGGUGCUAGUAGCCAGGCUUUGUAGGGAACACAUCGGACACUCCUGUCACGCUUAUCAGCACUCGUCCCUAGCGGACUGGAAUUCUGCUGAACCCGUUUCCCUCCAGGAUGCUGAGCCUUGGGCUGAGGGCUGCGUGCCAGGAAGCCUAGCAGUGCUCUAGGAUCUCCUGUGAGAUCAGCCUUUCUAAGGUGCAACUGCUCUCUAGAAAGAGGCAGAGACUGUCAUAUAUAUACAUAUAUAUGUACAGAUAUGAUCAUACAGCUUGUUCUACCCAGAGCCAAAUGGAAGGCAUUUACUUUGUGCCAGCCUUUCUUGGACAUCUCUCAGGGGGAGCAGGACAUACUGUUUUCUUUUGGUUUUUCUUGGUUUUUUUUUUUUUUUUAUUAUUUUUUUUAUUUUACCAUGCCCUGUAGACUAGAACUUGGCCAGCGCAGGGUAAAUAAAAUCUGGACCAAUACCUGAAGCACCUGCAAUCCAAAAGGGAGCUCCUCGCCCUGUUGCAGUGGAGGUGACAGUAACCCCUGUUUUUACCCAGUCUGGUACUUCUCAAAGAAUUGCAUGGUGGGGCAGGAGGGGUGGGCUUUAUACUGCAGUUUACAGGGGGGAGCCAGGUCAGAAACUGGGUUUUAGAUGUGGUGGGACUCUUACAAAGCCACUCCAGUGUGCAAAGCUGGUUCUUCUUACAUGACAAAUACUACACAAUCUAUCCUAGAGUUAGCGCAGGAGCUCAGAGGGUCUGUCCAGAGCUAGCUGGCAGUUUUGCCAUCCAGGAGACAGAACAAGUAAUAAACUGUGGUAGGUGGAGAAGUGGUGUCUCCACAUGGACAGACUGGACAAAAAGGCUGGGGUUGGGAGGCAUGGGAGUGCAGAUAGGAAGAGCAGGCCUUGGGCAUCCACUCACCCUCCUGCCCCUGCUGUUCCACCAGCACCCUCCAUUUUCUUCCUAGCCUCAAACUUUUUUAACCUCUGAGCUAACAUGGCUCCUGGCUCUAGCAAAGGCUGGGUGUAUUUAUUGUGUUGUGAUAUUUUUAACAUUCUGUGACUUCAUGCUAGACACAAGGGGUUUUUGUAAAAUGGAUUUUAAACCUUUUUUGUAGGAAUGUUUAAAUCCAAAGCCGUCUCCGAACUGGUUGUGUUACACCUGAAUGUCAGUAAAGCUAUUCCAGUUUCAUACA